CUCUGACCCUAGAUUCAAACUGUGUUAAUAUACAACUGAGAGGGCCGGGACAUCCCAGACACCUCCUCCUGUCUGAGAAGGGAAAGACAUUUCAAGACAUUGAGCACCUUACACAGCACCUAGUUCUGUUUGUUGUGAAACUUUGUGACAUAAUUUACUUUUCUUCUGAUGGGUCUUAAAUCCACUCAGCUCCAACUCAGGACUCCUCAACAACCUCCUGUCUGACUGACAUCCAGACUUGUGUAGGUCACUUGCUCCACCAGAGGACAGAGAAAGAAGACAAGAAAGAGCAGACAGAAGAGAGAUAAAUGACCAUGUCUGUAAAGAAGCACCUGUGGUCUCUGGCCCGUAUGUUCCUACCUGCUGUGGGGUUUAUAUUGGCCUGUUUGGGAGCUUACCUAGUGUCCCACCAGACAGAGAACGGGCUUCUAUGGAGGCUCAUCCCUGCUUACAUCGCCAUGGGGCUCGGAAUACUGGCUGUGCUGAUUGGAACCUUUUGGACCAUCUGCCACAGCAUGAGGAGCAAAGUAUACCACAGAGAAGGAAGAGAAUGGGAACAACAAAUCCAGAUUUACUCAAUUGAAAGCAGACCAAGCUCCUUCCCUCCAUCAUACGAGGAGUCUCAGAGCAGCCAGUUGUCUCCUGAAACAGCCUCUGAGUUCAUGGUGGAGGUUGACGGGGUGAAUGUGGUGAUAAGCCUCGCUCCUCCUCUGUACAGCCCGGACGGCUCAGAGGCUCCAGACUGCAGGUGGAGCUGGGAGCGUCCUCCUCGGUACAGUCAGGUGGAGCGUGUUCAGCUGGGUGAAGUGGAGCUAACAGAGGAACAGAGAUUUGGACGCUUAGGGACUCUUUUCCCUAACUGACUGAGGAUAAAUAAAGAAAGACAGAUUUCUUUUUGACUGAGCAUGGAGAAAGAGAUACAAAUGAGAGCAGCUGCCUCUAUUUGGAUGGACUUCAUAGCUGCCAUAUGAUGGACUACAGAGUGUGGAUCAACCCCUGAACUUUUCUGUCUGUGCUGCCCGUACAUGAAAAUGCCUGUGUGAGCACAGAGCUUCUUAAAAAGUAACAAGCUACUGGGUUAAACUUUUUUUUUGAGUGACUGCAGCUCAAAUGGGGUUUUCUCAGGUUUCCCAAAGCAAGGGUGCAGCUUCUGCACACAUGAGCUGCAGUACUGCUUUGUGGUUUGACAGUUCACUGAGAAGAGUACUGAUCUAGGCAUAAAGGACUUACUUUAACCUGCACUUUUACUGAAAUGUCUGCACCUUAACACUGCAUGUUUACAAGGAUCUUUGCACUGAAGUGAAUGAUGCUUACCCUGUUCUAGGAUGAUUUGUGUUGUGAAUAAAAAUACAAAGUGACGAUAGCUUUUCUGUAUCAUAACGCUGCAGUGUGUUAAAAACUUCUCAAGCUAUUUGAAAGAAGCACUAAAGUAAAUUUAAAAAGUUGUUCUUAUAAGGCAGCCUGAUAGAAUUGACAGUGACCAUUGAAUAUAACAAAACAACUUCAAAUUAGCUGCAUUGGGGUAGGAGAAGUUAAAGAAAACAG